AUGUCUGUAAAUGAAGCUGCUCGUGCUCCUCCCCCGGCUCCUGCUCAGUCUAGUGGCGGAGGCAUGCUUGGAGGAUUGGGUGCUACCAUUGCUCAGGGGAUGGCUUUUGGGGGUGGACGUGCCAUGGCACAUAGAGCUGUUGACUCCAUCAUGGGUCCUCGCACCAUUCAACAUGAAGCUGUGGGCUCUGAUGCUGUUGCUGCCCCAGCAACCAUGAACAGUGUUGGUGGAUCUGAUGCAUGCGGUAACCAAAAUAAGGCCUUCGAGGAUUGCUUGAACAACUAUGGAAGUGAUAUCAGCAAGUGUCAGUUUUACUUGGACAUGUUGUCUGAAUGA